UUUGACAGUUAAAUGAGUUAAAUAACCUCAAAUUACGUGACACAUACCUGUCAAAAUGUGCAAGUGAGGUUAAACAUUAGCCCCCUUAAAACAGAGCAAAAUGUCGGAAAAAGACUACGCUCCUCUUAGUUCAGCUUGCGUGCGUGCCCUUCACGACAAGCUGUACGACAAACGCAAAACUGCAGCACUGGAAAUAGAAAAAAUGGUGAAGGAAUUUGCAAAUUUGAAUAACACGAGUCAGAUUCGGAGGUUGUUAAAAGUGCUGGGUCAGGAUUUUGCGUCGUCACAAAACCCCCAUGCCCGGAAAGGGGGGCUUAUCGGGUUAGCAGCAACGGCAAUUGCUUUGGGAAAAGAUACGAGUAAUUAUACAGAUGAGUUGAUUAAACCAAUUUUGGGGUGUUUGUCUGAUCAAGAUUUGAGAGUUAGAUAUUAUGCUUGUGAGUCUUUGUAUAAUGUUGUGAAAGUGUCUCGAGGGGCGGUUUUGCCCCACUUCUCUGCUAUUUUUAACGCUUUGAGUAAAAUUGCAACAGAUCCGGAUCAACACGUGAAAAAUGCAUCAGAAUUGCUUGAUAGGCUAUUAAAAGAUAUUGUUACCGAAAGUACAAAUUUUGAUUUGGAAGGUUUUAUGCCAUUGUUACGAGAACGAAUUUACACAAAAGCAACAUUUGCUCGCCAGUUCGUUAUUUCCUGGAUUUCAGUCCUUGACAUGGUCCCUGAUAUUGAUUUACUUUUCUAUUUACCGGAGAUCCUGGACGGACUUUUCCGGAUUUUAGCCGACACGAAUUUAGAAGUGAAAAAAAUGUGCGAAACAACAUUGAACGAAUUUUUGCGAAAUAUUAAAUCAGAUCCCUCCAAAGUGAAUUUUCCGGCCAUGAUCAACAUACUCAUAAAUCACGCCCAAGAGAAGAACGACGAUUUAGUCCAAUUCACAGCAAUUACGUGGAUUAAAGAAUUUGUGCAAUUAUCUGGUGCCGCAAUGUUGCCAUACAUGUCUGGGAUUUUCACGGCAGUGUUACCAUGUCUGGCGUACGACACGGAAUCACGGAGAAUGACAGACAUAAAGGAAACAGCCACGGCGGUUAAUUUCACGCUCAUGAAACUGAUUGCAGUUCAGGGCGAUGACAGCGGGGGACGAACCACCACUGGUGAGGCAAAUCUCAGUCAACUAGAUCUACAGUCAGUAGUGGACGUUUUGACUCAAUACAUGAUGCAUAACUCGAUACAAACCAAAGUAGCAGUAUUAAAAUGGAUACACGAUUUGUAUACAAAGUUACCAGACGAAAUGGUGAAUCAUAUAGAUGUGCUUUUUCCGGCUCUUCAGCGUACUUUAGCGGAUGAAGCCGAUCAAGUGGUGCAACAGUGUCUAGUCGUAAUUGCAGAAGUUAUUUCGUCACCUGUUACAAAAAAAACUAGUCCCGAUGGUGGGACCAUGAAACAUCUAGGAUGCGAGACCAAUCCGUACUAUAAUAAAUUUUUGAUAAGUCUUUUACAGGCGUUUAACACGGAGAAGAGGCUUUUAGAUGAACGAGGUUCUUUUAUUAUUAGACAACUCUGUGUGUUACUUAACGCCGAAGAAAUUUACCGAAACUUAGCCCACAUUUUACUUAAUGAACCGAAUUUAAAAUUCACACGACUGAUGGUGGAACACCUCAACAUGAUUUUAUUAACAUCGUCAGAAUUAUAUGAUAUGAGAAAUCGAUUAAAAGAAUUAAAAACCGAAGAAAGUUGUUCGUUGUUUUGUUGUUUGUAUGAAACGUGGUCUUAUAAUCCUGUUGCAACCGUCGCUUUGUGUCUUUUGACGCAAAGUUAUGCCCACGUUUGUGACUUAAUUAGGUUAUUUGGUAAUUUGGAAGUUACCGUUGAUUUUUUAAUGGAAAUUGAUAAACUAGUCCAAUUAAUUGAAUCACCAAUUUUUGCGUAUUUAAGAUUAGAAUUAUUACAAGUCCCAUGUGAUAAAAACUUAAUUCAGGCUUUGUACGGCUUAUUGAUGUUGUUACCACAAACAGAUGCCUUUCAGACUCUAAAAAUUCGUCUGGGUUGUAUUCCAAGCUUACAUUUACAUUGCGACAAGGCAACAAUUCAACCAAAUUCGACCCAAGAAUUUAAGAGAAAUAUUGACUUUGCUAAACUUUUGCAACACUUUAUUGAAGUUCAAGAAAAGUACAAAGAAUACAAAAAGAUGAUGCGUUUGAAAGAUCUCACUUACGCGGAAAAGGAACUUGGUAAUCUAGAAUUAUAAUCACAUUCCUACUCAGCCAAAAAUUCAAAGCAAAAUAAGAUUUUUUAUGAAAUAAUUUUUAUUCGUGAUAUUAAUAAAUUACAAGCGAAAAAUGCAA